CGACGCCUUCUCCCUUCCUGACCUGCGCGCGCAGCUCUCAGCUGCCCGCGCUUGCUCCCUCGCUCAGCCGGCGCUAGGUCCACAAACUCAGCCCAGGGAAGUGAGGCGGCACCCGGGACGUGGAGCCGAACGGACCCGAGCAUCUGUGACCAAGCUCCGUGCGGCGGCAACAUGAGAGCGCGCAGCCCGGCCCUCAGCAUCCUCUUGCUGCUGCUCUGUCUGGCGCAGGUGUUUUCCCAGUCCUGUGUUUGGUAUGGAGAGUGCGGGAUUGCUGCUGGAGAUAAGAGGUACAAUUGCAAAUAUUCUGGGCCACCAAAACCAUUGCCAAAGGAUGGGUAUGACUUGGUGCAGGAGCUCUGUCCGGGAUUCUUCUUUGACAACGUCAGUCUUUGUUGCGACGUUCAGCAGCUUCGGACGCUGAAAGACAACUUGCAGCUGCCUCUACAGUUUCUGUCCAGAUGUCCAUCCUGUUUUUAUAACCUAAUGAACCUGUUUUGUGAGCUGACCUGUAGCCCUCAACAGAGUCAGUUUCUGAAUGUCACAGCAACUAACGAUUACGUUGAUCCUGUUACAAAUGAGACAAAAACAAACGUAGAAGAGUUACAGUACUAUAUCGGAGACAGCUUUGCCAAUGCCAUGUACAACGCCUGCCGGGACGUAGAGGCCCCCUCGAGUAAUGACAAGGCCCUGGGGCUGCUGUGUGGGAAGGACGCCAAGGCCUGCAAUGCCACCAACUGGAUUGAGUACAUGUUCAGCAAGGACAACGGGCAGACUCCUUUCACCAUCACGCCCGUUUUUUCAGAUCUUCCAGUGCUUGGGAUGGAGCCCAUGAACAAUGCCACCAAGGGCUGCGACGAGGCUGUGGAUGAGGUCACGGGGCCCUGCAGCUGCCAGGACUGCUCAGUUGUCUGUGGCCCCAAGCCCCAGCCCCCGCCCCCUCCUGCACCUUGGAUAAUCUUUGGCUUGGACGCCAUGUAUGUCAUCAUGUGGAUCACCUACAUGGCGUUUGUCCUUGUGUUUUUUGGAUCAUUUUUUGCAGUGUGGUGCUACAGAAAACGGUAUUUUGUCUCUGAGUACACCCCCAUCGAUAGCAAUAUGGCAUUUUCCGUCAAUGCCAGUGACAAAGGAAUGGCUUGGCUCUUAACCUCCACCCUCCCUUCCUCUCCCGCCCUUCCAGGGGAGGCAUCCUGCUGCGACCCUCUUGGUGCAGCCUUUGAGGGCUGUUUGAGGCGGCUGUUCACACGGUGGGGAGUUUUCUGCGUCCGAAACCCCGGCUGCGUCGUCUUCUUCUCCCUGGUCUUCAUUGGCGUGUGCUCAUCGGGCCUGGUGUUUGUGCGGGUCACGACCAAUCCCAUUGACCUCUGGUCAGCCCCCAACAGCCAGGGGCGCCGCGAAAAGGAGUACUUUGACAUGCACUUUGGGCCUUUUUUCCGCACAGAGCAGCUCAUCAUCCGAUCCCCCCACACCUCCAAGCACAUCUACCAGCCGUACCCCUCAGGGACCGACGUGCCUUUUGGACCUCCACUUAACAUAGAGAUUUUGCACCAGGUUCUUGAUUUACAGACGGCCAUCGAAAACAUUACUGCACUGUGUAACAACCAGACUGUGAUGCUUCGGGACAUCUGCUUGGCCCCGCUCUCACCGUAUAACAAGAACUGCACCAUUCUGAGCGUGUUAAAUUACUUCCAGAACAGCCAUUCCGUGCUGGACCACAAAGUAGGGGACGAGUUCUACACGUACGCAGACUACCACACACACUUCCUGUACUGUGUACGGGCUCCCACCUCUCUGAAUGAUACAAGCCUGCUCCACGACCCGUGUCUGGGUACGUUUGGUGGACCCGUGUUCCCGUGGCUCGUGUUAGGAGGCUACGAUGAUCAAAACUACAAUAACGCCACCGCCCUCGUGAUUACCUUUCCUGUCAAUAAUUACUACAACGACACAGAGAAGCUGCAGAGGGCCCAGGCCUGGGAAAGAGAGUUUAUUAAUUUUGUGAAAAAUUAUGAGAACCCAAAUCUGACCAUUUCUUUCACUGCUGAACGAAGUAUUGAAGAUGAGCUAAACCGUGAAAGCAGCAGCGAUGUCCUCACUAUUGUCAUUAGCUAUGCCAUCAUGUUUUUCUACAUUUCCGUUGCCUUGGGGCACAUCAAAAGCUGCAGCAGACUUCUGGUGGACUCGAAGAUCUCACUGGGCGUCGCAGGCAUCCUGAUUGUGCUGAGCUCAGUGGCAUGCUCCUUGGGCAUCUUCAGCUACGUUGGGAUCCCGCUCACCCUCAUUGUGAUCGAAGUCAUCCCAUUCCUGGUGCUGGCUGUGGGGGUGGACAACAUCUUCAUUCUGGUCCAGACUUACCAGAGAGAUGAACGUCAUCAAGGGGAAACACUGGAUCAACAAGUGGGCAGGGUCCUGGGGGAAGUGGCUCCUAGUAUGUUCCUGUCAUCCUUUUCAGAGACUGCGGCGUUUUUCUUAGGAGGCUUGUCGGUGAUGCCAGCCGUUCACACCUUCUCUCUCUUUGCGGGAAUGGCCGUCUUCAUCGACUUCCUCCUUCAGAUGACGUGUUUUGUGAGUCUCCUGGGAUUAGACAUUAAGCGUCAAGAGAAGAAUCGGCUGGACAUCCUUUGCUGUGUGAGAGGCGCUGACGACGGAGCAAGUGUCCAGGCCUCCGAGAGCUGCUUGUUUCGGUUCUUUAAAAACUCCUAUUCCCCGCUUCUGCUUAAGGACUGGAUGCGGCCGAUUGUGGUAGCCAUUUUCGUGGGGGUCCUGUCAUUCAGUAUCGCAGUGCUGAACAAAGUGGAAAUUGGAUUGAGUCAGUCUCUUUCAAUGCCAGAUGACUCUUACGUAAUGGAUUACUUCAAGUCCCUCAGCCAGUACCUCCAUGCGGGUCCUCCUGUGUACUUUGUCCUGGAGGAAGGGCAUGACUAUACGUCCCUGAGAGGACAGAACAUGGUGUGUGGCGGCAUGGGGUGCGAUAACGAUUCCCUGGUCCAACAGUUAUUUAACGCGGCCGAGCUGGACAGCUAUACCCGAGUAGGCUUUGCUCCCUCGUCCUGGAUUGAUGAUUAUUUCGAUUGGGUCAAGCCUCAGUCAUCUUGCUGUAGAGUCUCCAAUAUCACAGAACAAUUCUGCAACGCUUCAGUGGUCGACCCUACCUGCGUGCGCUGCCGGCCCCUCACCCCGGAGGGCAAACAGCGGCCCCAGGGUAAAGACUUCAUGAAAUUCCUGCCCAUGUUCCUUUCUGACAACCCCAACCCCAAGUGCGGCAAAGGGGGACAUGCUGCAUAUGGUUCGGCAGUUAAUAUCCUUGGUAAUAACACUAGUGUCGGAGCCACAUACUUCAUGACCUCCCACACAGUGCUGCAGACCUCUGCAGACUUCAUCGAUGCCAUGAAGAAAGCCCGAUUGAUAGCCAGUAACAUCACCGAAACCAUGGGCCGUAAAGGAAGUAAUUACCGCGUAUUUCCAUACAGUGUGUUUUAUGUCUUCUACGAGCAGUACCUGACCAUUAUUGAUGACACCAUCUUUAACCUCGGCGUGUCCCUGGGAGCGGUAUUUUUGGUGACCUUUGUUCUCCUGGGCUGUGAGCUGUGGUCAGCAGUGAUCAUGUGCGUCACCAUUGCCAUGAUCUUGGUCAACAUGUUUGGGGUCAUGUGGCUGUGGGGCAUCAGCCUGAAUGCUGUGUCCUUGGUCAACUUGGUUAUGAGCUGUGGCAUUUCCGUGGAGUUCUGCAGCCACAUUACGAGGGCGUUCACCGUGAGCACCAAGGGGAGCCGCGUGAGCCGCGCGGAAGAGGCGCUGUCACACAUGGGCAGUUCUGUGUUCAGUGGAAUCACACUAACAAAAUUUGGAGGGAUUGUGGUGUUGGCCUUUGCCAAAUCUCAAAUUUUCCAGAUUUUUUACUUCCGGAUGUAUUUAGCUAUGGUCUUAUUGGGAGUCACUCACGGAUUAAUAUUCCUCCCCGUCUUACUCAGUUAUAUAGGACCAUCGAUAAAUAAAGCCAAAAGCAGCGCCACUCAAGAGCAAUACAGAGGUACAGAGCGGGAACGACUCCUCAAUUUCUAGCCCUCUGAGAAGGCUCGGUGACUUUGCC